CGUUACUCGUCUCUUUCCCGCAGGUAUCGAAUCAGUUCUCCACAACCAGUCACUUCAGGCCACCUUCUUCUAUAAACCCAGCCUUCCCCUCACCAAUCCUAAACCCAGGUGACAACGCUUCUCUUCUUCACUCUCCUCAUCAGUCAUCGAAGAAUUCCUCGAGGGAGGAGAUGGGUACAGUCUUCGGCAAGGAAGAAGCAGCGCGUGAAAGAAACGAUGGAGGUAAUUAUCCUACCAGGCCACUGAACCAGCGUUUCUCACCGGCGACUGAAGCUUAUCCAUCGCGCGAAGCUUCUGCUCCAAGUCGUCUUCCAUCUUCUAGCUCUGUGGUUCAUACACAAUUAUCUUCUCUUUCAGAGAAGAACCCGCCGAUCUCGGCAGAACGAAGGACGAGAUCACCGGAAAAGCCUCAGGAAAGUUUGUCGUCGUUUAGAGUUUCUCCAGCUUCUCCUGCUCCGUCUUCCUGCUCUGCUGCUGCUGAUUCCGGAUAUCGUAUGAAAUCAUCCUCCACAAUUACUUCUCCUUCCGUGAAAAAGUUGUCGAUCUCGACAGAAUCCAGCAAAAGAUUUCUCGAAGAGUUUGGUGAAACUUCUCCACCGCCGAUCUUUUCUUCAUCCCCUUCUCUUCCCUCGCCACAGACUUCGUCCCCGUCUUCUCCUCUGCCAUCAAAGUUUUCUCGAUCACAUCUGCCGUCAAAAAUUGUAAACGUUGUUCGAUUGGAGGCUUCUUCGGGUCUUUAUCCAUUAUCAAAGGCUUCUCCACGUCCUUCCCCAUUCAAGUUUCCGGAACCUGACGAAGAAUUAGCAGAACCAGUAAAGAUUGAGCAGAGGAGCAGAUAUGAGAUCCCGAAGCAUCUGAAGGAGCUGAUCGAGAAGGAUAUGGUGCCGCCAGUGCUCAGAAAGCCAUUGUCUCCGUCAACUUACGCAGACUUUUUUGCUACUUUACUCUAUUCCGAGGACUUUUACCUUGAGAAAUGGAGUAAUUAUUUAUUGUCAGAAGUCACACUAGAGUUGCGGCAUGAUGUGGCCUUUCAGACUCAAAAUUCACGAGAGGGCAAGAAAAUCAACGUGAAUACUCAUGUAGAAAGAAAAGAUUUUGUAGCUUUUGAGAUCGAUUCGGUUCCUGAAAAACGACCGUAUCUUUUAUCAAGAGAUUUUGUCUAUGUAAAACCUUCAGGAACGGAAGCCGGACCUUUCAAGGGGAUCCUCUUCCGGGUGGUAAAGAGCACAACUGUUUUAGUAGAAUUUGGAGAUGAUUUCCACAAACAGCAUUCACCAACAGAGAAGUAUGAUGUUAGCUUCUCCUUCAACAGAGUUUGCCUUAAGCGAUUUCACCAAGCAGUCUCUGCUGCGAUGGAUCCUAUAUUGCGUCAAAUCCUCUUCCCUGAUCCAAGCUCCAGAAGCAGUUCCUUGAACUUGCCAUCUUCCGAAGUUCCAGCCUGCAGAAGCUCAAGUCAUCAUCAACUACAUGUAGCAAAUCAAAUUCUAAGUCUCAAGGGUCCUCUGCCUUAUCUCCUUGAAGGGCCACUGUCAGAAACCCGAGAAGGAACCCUCUCUAGUACUGGGGCUAUCAUUCGGGAAGCAGUUCUCCAACUUUAUAAAACUUGUGCCCAAUGCCGAAUCCUUGUGUGUGCUCCUAGGAACAGGACAUGCGAUGCACUUAUGGAAAAGUGGAUGUUGGAGAUUCCAAAGUCAAAGCUAUUUCGUGCCAAUGCUGCCUUUCGCGAGUAUCAUCUUGUGCCAGAUGACAUUAUUCCAGCUUGCUUUUACGAAGGAGAGUGUUUCACUUGCCCCCCACUUUCCGAGCUCCAGCAGUUCAAGGUCAUAACAUCUACUUUUGUGAGUAGCUUUAGGCUUCAUGCUGCUGGAAUUGAAGCUAACCAUUUUACUCACAUCUUCUUGGUUGAUGCUUCUUCUGCUACGGAGCCCGAAACAAUAGUGGCUCUCGCUAAUCUGGUAAGCAACAAGACAGUCAUUGUGAUCACAGGUUCAUCAAAUGAUAUGCCAGCUUGGGUACGAUCAGAUAUAGCAAGGUGGAAGGGACUGAAGAAAUCACUUUUUCAUAGGCUUCUUCAGAUGGAACCAUACUCGAAGAAGGACCCUAUGUUCAUGACACAUUGUUGUUGAAAGAAUUUGAACCAGAUGACAGGGUGUACCUUUGGUGUUGUGAAAACUACCGAAGUGGACGCUACAGUUCUGUUUCAGACUCAAGACUGUGUUGGACACAUCAAGUUCAUGCUCAGCAUUAACGAACGUCGAAACGUACGGUGACAAGACAUGAUCCAUUAGGUUGUGUUGGUCCAAGAGUUUUGGACCAGAAUCUGAAUCAGACAACCUAGAUGAUAUGCCCGGUUGUCCCUAUCACAAUCACAUGAAGACUCUUGAUGAUCUAUUUUGUUAUCUAGUUUACUGUUUGGCCGUUUCCUGAAUGUUUUAGAUCUGGAUCAUUGUUAAAUGUUAUUGCAACUAGUCAGAUUGUUCAUCAUGUUAAAAUUUGUAGAGCCUUGUGGUUGCUUUGUUGAUUAAGGCCUCUGUCAUAAUGCUUCCCA